UUUGCAUUUCCCAAUUCCCCUCCCCAUUUCCCAUUUCCCAUUUCCCAUUUCCCGACCCCUAUCUGAUAAAUCCCUAACCCCUUCCCUCCUCCCUUUUUUUCCCCAAAUCGAAAACCCACCUCCACCGAUCCACCAUUCCACCUCCGGUGUCCGGUCCUCCUCGACUCCACCUCCGCUCUUGCCUUCAACGUCUUCUACCUUUGAAUUUCAAAGUGGUUGGAUUUGGCAAAAAAAGAGGACCUAACUCAUAUGAGAAGUAAGAGAUCUACGUAGGUGAAGAAGGCAAGAAGCCUUGUUGAAAGCUUUGAUGGAUUUUAAGUCUUUGAUUUCUUUUGCUAUUUCUUCAAUUCGACAAAUUAGCGGGCAAUUUACAUUCUCUGUCAAAAGUUUCGGUGUUGUGUAGUAACCAAUUUGGUAGGAGAUUCAGAGGAAGAAGGGUGAUCUUUCAUAAUUAGUAGUAAGUUCAUGUUUUUAUUGAAUGGCACUAGCUUUGCAUUGACAACCUGGUUCUUGUUCUCGUUCACAAUUGAUUUUAGUAAAAAUAUCAUAGCUUGCUUCUGUUUCUCUACAUCUUUAACUUCUAUUUCUUUAAAGCUAUAAACUUGCUUGCCAUAAACCCUAAAAUGAUGUACUCCUUUAAUUGGAUUGCCAAAUCCAUCACAAAGCCAGUGAUGUACACAAUUCACUCGAAAUUUGGUAAACCCCACUUAAAUCUGACUACCCUUUUCAAAACUCUCUCCACUAAACCUCCUCAAAAUGGCAAAGAUGACUCUUGGAACGAUGCCUGGGAAACGGCUUGGCUCCCUGAUGACAUUUCUCCCAAGAACAGAGCUCCUUGGGAAGCUGAUGUUAACUUCCCUUCUAAUGAAGAAUCCGCAAAAAUGGUGCUUUCAUCGGACGUAGAUGCUGAAACCAAGGCAUUUGUCGAAGACAUGAAUGAGAAUUGGAAUGAGAGACGAAAGUCACCUAAGCAGAAGCAGAAAGAGGAAGCAGAAAAGGAGGGGAAAGGAGAGGGUGGUGGAUUGUAUAGUUUGGAGAACAUAAAGAAAGAUUAUAGGUUGAAGAAGCAGAGAAUCCAUGCUGGGUUGUGGAUGAAGGAGAUUGACAAAUUGGAAGAAGCUAAAUUGGGAAAUUCUGCCAAUGAUAUUGAUAGAUUGCUUGAUAGCUGCUCUGAGAUUUUUGACUCUACCAAUGCUGACUUGGAGAAUUCAGAAGUUCCAAGCUCUUCUGAGUUAAAAACUAAGCCUGAUGGUUGGGAAACAACAUCAAAAGCUCCUGAUGGAAACGUGUGGGAGAUGUCACAGAGGGAAGAAGAUAUUCUCCUCCAAGAAUUUGAUCGCCGAAUUGCUUACUGUAAAUUCCAGAUAGCUAGUUUUAUUAAGACUCACAUAUUUAGCCGGAGGAGACCUAUUGAUGGGUGGAAAUACAUGAUAGAGGAGAUAGGGCCUAAUGCAAGGAAAGGCAAGGGCAGUGUUUCAAGGUUACCGAGUUUGUCUGAUGCAUCGACGCAACCAUUUAAGGAGGAGAAGUUACAAUUGAAACCUUGAUUGGUGGUUGAGACUUGACACCUUGAGAGAUAAUUCUUGCUGUCCUAUGGAAUAGAGAAUCAAGUGUUAAAAACUCCAUUACAGGCCCAGCUUAUUCAGUCCCCUUGGAACAACAGCACUGCAUUUGAGUAACCCAAAUAAAAUAUAUGCAACAACUGCAUGUGCAAAUAUUUGUUUAGCCUGUUUGAUUGAUCUUUGGCUACUUGAAGUAGGAUAUUAAUGUUAAUCCAUAAGUGCUGAACUUGUUUUUAGUGCUCCAAUGUUCAUAGCUUGCUGCUGUUGGGCAUUAUUGUUGAGACUUUACGAUCAAGUUAUUGAUUAAGCCUUUGGUUAAGGAAGAAAGAGUGGUCAUUCAACCCCCUUUUCUCACCCCUAUAGGGAGUAGCCGGUCUUCAUGUUGCUAUGAUCUCAUUCAUUGCAGGAGCAAGCAGUUAUGGGGAAGCAAGAAGCUCUGGUUACAAAAGGAGGUCCUAAAGGAAAAAGAGUAGACGGCAUUCUAUUUAAGCAUUGGAAGGGAGAGGAAGUGAGGAUAGUGUGAGUGGCUAGUUGUAAACCCUUCCUCUUCUUCCUUUUUGUAAUGUGCAGUACAUUGCAUCCCCAGAAAAUAGGGUGAAACAGUUGUUUUCCUUUGCUAAGUUUGCAAUGUUCAAUUUACUCCUGUUGAUGUCUCAUUGGACAGAUUUUGCAA